AUGUUGGCUGAUUAUAUAAAAACAACAUUGACUGACCGUGUGGAUGGUUUUGAAACAUUUUCCAUAGCAUUAGACGAGAGCACCGAUUUGCCGGACCCAGCUAAACUGACUGUAUUUAUUCGAGGUGUUGAUAAAGAGUUCACUGUUUCUGAGGAAUUGCUUGCUUUACAGUCGCUAAAAGGAACCACUACAAGAGAGGACAUUUUUAAUGAAGUUCAAGAGUUAUUAACAAGUUUUGCCUUGCCAUGGUCAAAAUUAGUUGGAGUAUGCACAGAUGAUGCACCUUCUAUGGUCGGCUUACGUAAAGAUUUCAUCAGAAUUUUGAACGAAAAAACAACUGAAUUAAAUUUGCAAAAAGAUGAUUUGAUAGUCCUUCACUGCAUUAUCCACCAACAGAACUUGUGUUCUAACACCAUUCGACUCCAUAAAUGCGGUAGUAAAAACCAUCAAUUUAAUUUGAUCCUGAGGGUUUAA